AUGUGGCCAUGCACUUGGACAGCAGCCUCGCUGCUUGCCUUCUCGCUCUUCGCCGCAGCAACUCCCCUCCCGUUGGCCGUUGCCAAAUCAGAAACCACCAUCACGGAAGACCAGAUAAUCGAUAUCGCGCCGACGUCGAAGACCUGCGAUAACCCUCCUGCUGCUGGCGAGUGCGCCACCGCCAUAACCGCCGCCAAAUUUACCUCCCAGUCUUUUGACACGUACAAGGUGACCUCAAAAGCCGAACAAGCCGCCAUCGUUGCCCUGAUGGCCUUCGAGAGUGUCGAUUUCAAGUAUAACAAGAACCAUUUCCCCGGCGUUGCUGGACAAGGCACCCGCAACAUGCAAUCCCCCGCCUACAACAAGAAAUAUGCCUCAUCCAUCCCCGCGCUCGCCGACAAGCUCCCUGCUGUUGCUGACAGCCCUGUCGACCUAUUGGACCUGCUCCGCGACAACGAGACCUACGACUUCGGCUCUGGCGCCUGGUUCCUGACCACCCAGUGCUCUGAUGAUGUGCGCUCGGCACUCCAGUCUGGCAGCGAGACUGGCUGGGAGCAGUAUAUUAGUGGCUGUGUCAUGACCACCGUGACGGAUGAGCGGAAGGCGUAUUGGCAGCGGGCUACGAAGGCUCUGGGU